UAGAAUGAUUCAGGUAGUCUCAUCAUUUUAGACACUCAAAAAAGUUGAGCUAUGAGGCUGCUGAAACGGAGACAGCUUUUCCUGAAGCUCACUGUGAUCGUGGGAUCACUGUCGAUAUUUUUUCUACUAAGUCAUCCCAAAGCAGUCUGGGAUCCUACCUAUGUCUUCAGGUACAGUUGGCUGGAGUAUACAGAUGCUGACGGUGGCUCAGAGAGAGUGUGCAACUGUUCAGCAAUCCUACGUGGAGAGAGGGAGGCUGUGGAUCAGGCUAAAAUACUGAGUAUCAGUAAAGACUUCCUCAAGAAUGCACUGAUCCCUGAUGAGUAUUAUAUCAACGCAACACAAGACUGCAGGGUAUUCAAGCAAAGCAGGAAAUACCUGACCUUCCCGUUAAGCCAGGAAGAAGAGGACUUCCCCCUGGCUUACUCCAUGGUUGUGCAUCAUAAGGUGCAGAACUUUGAGCGACUGUUGCGAGCCAUCUAUACACCUCAAAACUACUACUGCAUCCAUGUGGACAAAAAGUCAGAUGCCUCUGUCCUCUCCGCUGUUAAUGCCAUCAUCUCUUGUUUUCCAAAUGUCUUCAUGGUCAGCAAGUCUGUGAGUGUGGUCUAUGCUGGAUGGCCGCGCGUACAAGCUGACCUUAACUGUAUGGCUGAUCUCAUUGAAAUGAGCACAAAAUGGAAAUACUUCAUCAAUCUCUGUGGCCAGGAUUUCCCUCUGAAAACUAACCUGGAGAUUGUGAGGAUGUUGCGUUCAAUGGGGGGUGGGAACAGCUUGGAGUCUGAACAAAUGGCUGAAGGAAAGAAGUGGAGGUUUUCACAUGUUCAUAAGAUAGUUGACGGAAACAUCAAGUGGUCAGGAGAGGCAAAGACGCCACCUCCAUUCAACCUCCCUAUUCUGUCAGGAAACGCCUACAUUGUAGUGAAUCGAGGCUACAUCCACAGUGUGUUGAAAGACAAACGUAUUCUGGCCCUGAUCGAGUGGGCCAAAGACACCUACAGUCCUGACGAGUUUCUUUGGGCAACCAUUCAACGAAUCCCCGGUGUUCCUGGAUCAACAUGGCCCAACGAAAAAUAUGACACAUCUGACAUCAAUGCGAUUGCACGGCUGGUGAAGUGGCAGUGGCAUGAGGGGUCAGAGGGGUCACUGCAGGCUGUUUACCCAAAGUGCCAAGGCAACCAUGUCAGGUCAAUAUGUGUGUAUGGUGCUGGAGACCUGCAGUGGCUGUUGCUGAACCGCCACCUCUUUGCUAAUAAGUUUGAUGCAGAUACAGACCCUAUUGCCAUCUACUGCUUGGAGAAGUAUCUGAGACAAAAGGCAUUGGCUGAGUUGCGUUAUCAACACUGAUUGAUAAGUGAUAACUUUACAACAAAAUCACAGCUCUUGUGAGGAGUUUGAGGCUGGCUGUGAGGAAGAGGGGAAUAAAGACUGAUGCCUUCUUAUGACUGAUGAAAGCAACGAGAAAAUGGUUCAUGUGGACAAAGCAAUUUUCAACAUAGACUCAAAGUGACUUUGUUUACCUUUAUAUCCUCAGAAAAGAUAUACAAUGGGUGACAUGUUUGACAAAAGAUAGUAGGAACAUUUCUUAUGAGAGAAAUAUGUCUUAUGUACGAACAGUACAAGAAGCACAGCUUUAUCUACAGGGGUCGCCA